AGUUGAAAACUCUAAUGAGACGAUGCGCGAAGUUAUCGAGAACGCACAAAAUAGCUCGUCGACGUAUGACUCUAGUGGUGCAAAUCCGCAAAAGGCGAUCGCAAAUGUCAAGAAGGAGUGCCAGGGUAAGAUCAAGCUCGACAACCCCAGCACUUUCGAGCAUGAGCUCAAGAAAUUCAAGACGGCCUGCUCGCAGCAAGGUCUAAAAAAUUCUUGGGACUUCAUUCGAACUCUAGAAUCUUGCGCGGUUGAGAAUAGUAGCGCUCAAUCGCACAUGGCCGACUUCGUUCGCAUU